AUUUGGAAAGUCACCAUCUUCCAUCUCCCAUUUGCAUUCUUACAUGAGAGGAUAGCCAAAGACCACUCCUCUCACCAUUUAUAUAAAUAUACAUACAAUCUAUACACACAACACAGGCAUCAUAUCAUAUCCUCUCUAGUGCCUAGAUGUAAAAUCCACCUUCUCACACUACUUUGUUCCCUUCUUUUCUUUGUUAAAAUAUAAUAAAAUUUAUAUCUAUAGUAUUCAAUAUUACUGAUUUUCAAGUACAAAAUACAGAUAACAAAAGGGGUUCUUCUAGCCCUCUUCUCAACUUAUGCAUCUCUGAUCUUCGAUUUUAUCCGUUUUUCUCAUCUGGGUCAUUGAAAUUGAAUGGCAAUGGAAACUGGAAAGCUUUUCAUUGGCGGAAUUUCUUGGGACACCAAUGAAGAUAGUUUGAAAGAGUACUUUCAAACAUUUGGAGAAGUUGUUGAAGCUGUGAUAAUGAAGGAUAGAGCAACAGGCCGAGCCCGUGGGUUUGGUUUUGUUGUAUUUGCUGAUGCUGCAGUUGCGGAAAGAGUUGUCAAGGCGAAGCACAUGAUUGAUGGCAGAACUGUAGAAGCAAAAAAGGCGGUGCCUAGGGAUGAUCAACAGACUCCCACCAGAAUUAGUGGCAGCAUUCAAGGGUCUCCAAGUCCUGCUCGCACGGCCCGCACAAAAAAGAUAUUUGUGGGAGGCUUAGCAUCCACAGUUACGGAAAAUGAGUUCAAAAAGUACUUUGAUCAAUUUGGGUGUAUCACAGAUGUUGUGGUGAUGUAUGAUCACAACACCCAAAGGCCUAGAGGUUUUGGAUUCAUUACAUUUGAUUCAGAGGAAGCUGUGGACAGAGUCCUUCUCAGAACAUUUCAUGAACUCAAUGGUAAAAUGGUUGAGGUCAAGCGUGCUGUUCCCAAAGAGUUAUCCCCAGGGUCAAUAAAGAACCAAUUAGGCGGACCAAACUAUGGAGUAAGCAGAGUCAGUGAUUUGCUUAGUGCCUACACUCAGAGAUUUAAUCAGAGCCCAAUUGGAAGCUAUGGACUGAGAUUGGAUGGUAGGUUUAGUCCAGUUUCUGUUGGUAGGAGUGUUUAUCCUCCAAUCGGUUCUGGUUAUGGUAUUGGACCAAAUCUUGAGCCCGGUUUUGGUUCAAAUUUUGAGGGUGCUGGACAGUUAUCUAAUAUUAGCUAUGGUCGUGGUCCAAAUCCUAUGCAGAAUGGGAGUCCAAACAGGUUUAGUAGCGCAGUUGGGUAUGGAGUAGGUAGCAGUGGUUAUGGCAUAAGUUCAAUUAGCAGGAACACAUUGGGGAACGGUAGUGUUACUUAUGCUAAAAGUCCUACAAACUCUGGCCCUUUUACGGGUACUGGAGUUGGAAAUACUGGGCUUCUCAGUGCAUUUGGCAAUAUUGAAGCUAUUUGGGGUUCACCUCCCAUCUCAGUUCAAGGAGGAGGAAUGGCUUCUGCUUUGAGCAGCGGAGGCAGUUUAAAUUUUGAUAGUGCUGACAGCAGUCUUGAGUUGGGCCCGAUAGGUUAUGCCAGGAACACAAGCAGCAAUGUUGCUCCAACAUCUUCUAUGUAUGCUGCUGCUGCUAGUAGUAAUGAGGGGGAUUUUGGGAAUUUCCCUGGUGGGGGUUUAUUUUAUGGUGAUCCAGCCUGGCGAUCAUCAUCCCCAGAGCUUGAUGGUUUUGGCCUGUUUGCCAGCGAACUCCGCAAUGCCGUUUCUGAUGUUACCCCUAGAGAUGCUGUUCAUUAUGCUGAAGGAUAUAGUGUUAAUAAUAGAUCAACAAGAGGGAUGGCUGCAUAGGACGAUUAUUAUAGUGACAGAAGGUUAUGUGGGUGAAAAUCAGGAAACAUGUGAAGUAGGCAUUUGAGUGUGCAGCCCAUUGAGAGGAGAAGUACAUUUGAUUAGAAGAGCUGAUUGGAACAUCUGUUUGUCUGUGAGAAGCAUUUUGCAGAAGGUUUCCAUAAGCCUUAAGCUUGAGUUUUUUCUUAUAUAGAGUUAUUUCAUGGAAUUUAAUUAAAAUGUAAAUUACGAUUGCGAAGGUGACGCAACAAUACAUAAAAGAUGAAAAAAAAUAUUAGAGAAGAACUUUAUUAAAAUUUUACAUACUUUUUACAAUGCUGUAAUGUCCAGCAAAGUUGCUGAAUAUUGUUUAGUAUUUUGUUACGUUUAUCGGAAGUUCUUACUGGUAGAUCUAGAGAUAAAUAUUGUUGAUUUCUUA